AUGUCGAUAUCUCAAACUGAUUCAAAAUCAGAAGAUAAGAUAAAAUUUAAUACAGACCAUUACAAAAAUAUCCGGGUGCUUGGUGUAGAAGACACAAAAAAAGCUGCAACGACACUAUUCCAAUCAUUCAGAGAAGAUGCUUUGGCGAAUUUACUAGUAUCGCAUGUCGAAGGUCAGAAUGAAAAAGAUUUUUUAGAAUUAACACUAUAUGAGGCAUACGUGAAGCAGCAUAUUUUGAAAGGUAUUGUUUUAGGGAUCAACGAGACAGAAGCUGGUUUUGAUACUGUUGGUGUAUGGUCAACACCCGACUCAUGUAAGGCAGGCUUAGAUUCGUUUGCAAAUUUGAUGGAAGCAGGAUACGGCAAAGUAUGGGACAUAAAUAAUGAAGAAGGCCGGCAGAAAGUAUUUAACGGAAUGUUACCGUUAUUGCAUGACACUUUUGAAAGAAUAUUAGAAACAGAUUCAAGAUUCAGAAACAAGGGUGUCUUUACGCUUGUAUAUUUGGGAUCAUUGGAGAGUGCUAGAGGGAAGGGAAAUGUAAGGUUAAUGUUCGAUUAUAUGUUUGAAAACCAUAUCGAUAAGUCACCAAAUAACAUAUCAUACUUAGAAAGUUCAAGCAAAAGUAAUCUACCUAUUUAUGAAAGAUUUGGAUUUAGAUUUUACGAGGAUAUUAUAUUAGGCACUAAAGAACCCGAGAACAGCAUGGAAGGCAAGGAUUUUGCAACAAUGAAUGUAAUGAUUCGAGGAUCUUCAGGCUAUGACUGGACUCAAGAUGAAAAUACCGGCAACUCACAAGCUAAAUUAUAA